GGCACCGUGAUGGCCGUGGCCGGGGUGGUGGUACUUCUCAGAAGCGUGCGCCUGACGUCAAAAUUUACAAGUUCUUCAGAAAUUCCAGUGGAAUUUAUAAGAAGGAAUGUUAAACUACGUGGACGAUUACGCCGAAUAACUGAGAAUGGUUUAGAAAUUGAACAUAUUCCCAUUACUUUACCUAUUAUAUCUUCAUGGAGAAAAGAGCCGUGUGGUGUUUUGCUCGUUAAGCUGGCCGGAGUAGAACUCACUGAAACUGGGAAGGUGUGGUUACAGAAAGAGCUAAAACCUUCCCAACUUCUAUGGUUCCAACUUCUUGGAAAGGAGAAUUCAGCACUCUUUUGCUACCUUUUGGUGAAUAAGGGUAGAUAUCUUACUGUGAGUCUGAAUGAAGAAAUUUUGAGAAGAGGCCUUGGCAAAACUGUUCUUGUUCAAGGGCUAAAUUAUGAUUCUAAAAUCUAUUGGACAAUUCACAGAAACUUACUUAAAGCUGAAUUAACAGCCUUAAAAAAAGGAGAAGGAAUAUGGAAGGAAGAAUCUGAAAAAGAAAGUUAUUUGGAAAAAUUCAAAGGCUCCUGGAGAGAAAUAUGGAAAAAAGACAGUAAUUUAAAAAAAAUUGGAUCAAAUUUCAACUUGAAAAAGAGUUAUUAUGACAAAUUUAGAAGGACUUAUGAAGCAUGGAAAGACAACAUGGAAAACUACUCCUUAAUACUGAAGUUCAGAGAACUUAUGAGUCGCAUACACUUUCGUAGAAAAGAGUAAAACAUUCCAAGAGAUCUGGAGGUGACACACUCUGAGGAGUGAAAUAUGUAAAUAUAUGGAUAUUUUUCAUUGAGUUGAAAUGGAAAUUUUCCCAAAUGAUCAAAGUUAUCUGCUAAUGGUAUUUAAAUAUUUAGGAGAUGAUUGUUAUGGAUGUAAUAUCAGAAUAAUUUAAACAAAUUGUGAUUAAUGUAAUAUACUUUUAGGAAAAAUGAAACACUCUAUAAAAAGUUACCAGGUUGAAGGAUGUAUACACACAGUGCUAAUAUUUGAAGAGAGAGCUUAACUAUUGGCCAUUGUGUUAUAGUUAUUUUGGGCAGCCGUAUUUAAUUUUUGUUUAAAGAGAGUAUUUGUUUAUUUUUCCAGUUUUAUCAACUUUGAUGAUUUAUAAUAAAGGAACUGCUUAUACCUCAUGUCUAAGGCUCCUCUUUUC